GAAGAAUCCCAUACAGUUCGAAGAGUGUCCUCACAGAAGACAGAAGAAAAAAAAAGCAGAGGCGUAGCAAGUGCGCAUUGUUAUUUCAUCUAUACAACCUCAUACAGAAGUCAACAACCAAAAAAAAAAAUGGAUGAGACGUACGACGCGAUUGUGUGUGGCACGGGCCUGGUGGAGUGCGUGCUGUCGGGCCUGCUCUCUGUGAACGGCUACAAGGUGCUGCACGUGGACCGCAACCCGUACUACGGCGGCGAGAGCGCCUCGCUGAACCUGGAGCAGCUGUACCAAAAAUUCGACAAGGGCACCCCGCCAGCUUCGCUUGGUCGCAGCCACCUGUACUGCGUCGAUCUCAUCCCUAAGGUGCUCAUGUGCGCCGGCGAGCUCGUGAAGAUCCUGCGCGCUACCGUGGUAGACCGCUACAGCAUGGAGUUCAUGCUGCUCGACUGCUCCUUUGUGAUGAAGGAUGGCAAAGUUGCGAAGGUGCCGUCGACCGAGAUGGAGGCGCUCUCGUCCUCGCUGAUGGGCUUCUUCGAGAAGCGCCGUCUUGGCAAGUUUCUGCAGUACGUCUCCGACUACGACGAGAGGGACAGCCGCACCUACAAGGGGCACAACCUGCGGGUGAUGACGGCUGCGCAGCUCUUUAGUGAGUUCGGGCUGGGCAGCGACACUAUCACCUUUGUCGGCCACGCCAUCGCACUGCAGAGCAACGACGACUACCUGCAGAAGCCCGCGCUGGAGACGGUGCUGCGCAGCAAACUUUACCGCGACUCCUUUCUCAUGUACAGCCGCUCCCCCUACGUAUACCCGCUCUACGGCAGCGGUGAGCUGCCCCAGGCCUUCUCGCGCCUCUCCGCCGUGUACGGCGGCACGUACAUGCUGCAGACCCCCGUCGACAAGGUCAACUUCGACGCCAACGGCGUCUUUGAGUCCAUCGAGAGCGGCGGCAAGAAGGCGUAUGCGAAGAUGGUGGUGGGCGACCCCUCCUACUUCCCGGACCGCGUCAAGCCGUGCGGGAAGGUGGUCCGCUGCAUUGCGGUUAUGGAUCACCCCAUCCCCAACCUGAAGCCGGCCGCCAACGCGUGUCAGAUCAUCAUCCCUCAGUCGGAGCUGAAGCGCAAGAACGACGUGUACAUCCUGCAGCUGUGCGAGGAGGACAAGGUGUGCCCGGAGGGGAAGUACAUCGUCAUCAUCGGCACCGUCGUGGAGAACUUCGCGAACCCUAAGGCGGACCUCGCCGCGGGUCUCAAGCUGAUUGGCCCCACGCUCGAGACCUUCGUGUCGGUGUCGGACCUGUAUCAGCCGUUAGAGGACGGCAGCACCAGCCGCUGCUACAUCAGCAAGAGCUACGACGCCGCCACGCACUUCGAGAGCGCCGCGGCGGAUGUCCUUGACCUGUACGAACGCAUUUCCGGCCAGCCGUACAGCUUCGAAUCCAUCAAGCGCCGUGAUGAGGAAGUGAACGCGUAA